AUGUCUGAAAUAAAUGAUUUUUUUGAAGCUAUUGAAGCUAUCGAAACCGUGGAAACACUUUUUCAAUCAAAUUUAUUAAGCCGACCACGUAUGUUUCGAGAAAGACCCGAUUUUUUCUCAAAAUACGACGAAAAAGAUUUUUUUACUAGAUAUCGGCUUUCAAAACAGAGUGUUUUAUUUGUAUUGGCAAAAAUUGAACAUCUGUUAGAGUAUCCAACUAACAGAAAUAAAUCCGUAUCACCAAUUUGCCAACUAUUGUGUGCAUUAAGAUUCUAUGCCACUGGGAACCAUUUAAUUGCAGUGGCAGACAUGGGUGGCAUAAGUGUUGCGACAUGUAGUAGGAUAGUGAAAAGAGUCUCUGAAGCCAUAGUUACAUUACGUCAUGAAUUUAUCAAGCUUCCUAAUACAAACGAAGAACAAGCCUAUGUGAAAGAAAAAUUUUAUAGGAUUGCUCGCUUUCCUAAUGUGAUAGGCUGUAUAGACUGUACACAUAUAAAGAUACAAUCACCAGGUGGAGAUGAUGCUGAGUUAUUUCGCAACCGGAAAUCAUACAUGUCAAUCAAUGUUCAAACUAUAAGUGACCCUGAUCUAUUGGUAACAGAUAUUGUAGCUCGUUGGCCAGGAUCAACGCAUGAUUCAACAAUUUAUCAGACUAGUAAUAUAUUCAGGAAAUUCGAAAGGGGUAUUUAUAGUGGGGCAUAUUUAUUAGGAGACAGUGGAUAUCCUCUGAAGAGCCACCUUCUUACCCCUUAUUUAAACCCAUCAACUCCAGCACAACAAAAAUACAAUGAAGCUCAAAUAAAAACUAGAAAUGUGGUAGAAAGACAGUAUGGAGUUCUAAAACGAAGAUUUCCAGUCUUAGCAGUUGGUAUACGACUAAAACUACCCACCGCCGUCAAUGUCAUCAUAGCAUGCUGUAUUUUGCACAAUAUAUGCAUCCUACGGAAAGAACAAGAACCUUUAAACGAUGGAUCUAUUCCUAACUUAGAAUCCCUCAUUGAAGCUGGAAGAAUUCCCCAUAUACCAGUGACAGUCAAUGACCCCAUAUAUGGGUUUCAAAGAAACCAAAUAACUAAUUACUUUGAAAAUAUAAGAUGCAUGGAGGCAGAAGAAAAACCACAGCACGUGCACAAGGAGUGCAGAAGCGUAGCAGAUCAACAGGCUCAAAUUCUCCAAUCACCAGGGUCGCUGCAGAAGGCCUGUAGAGACCUAGAUAGGCUGCUGCUACCUGGGGGGAUCUGGAGCGGUUGGAAUAGGAAGAUCAAAUAG